CUGAUUCCUUCUGGCAAUAUAUAUAAAAAUACUUUUUCUAUGAAUGAAUACAACGAGUAAUCCCACCCCCACACGACUCCCAGUCACGCUCACCCCUACUUUACAACCCCUCUGGUCAGCUCAGGUUAAAGGAAAUGGCUUUUGGAUAUGGGCUUCCAACAGUGAGGCAGUGAGGGGCUGGACUCGUGUUGUUGACUUGACAUUGUUGUGCUCCACUACUCCUGAUCCUCCUCCUUACAUUCACUUACUCUGGGGGCUUGGCUUGUUUGUUGCCGGGGGUAACGCUUGUUGCCGAGCACAAUGUCGGAACACAUGCAGCUUUCCUUAGCCUUGUGCAGGAUUGGGCUUUACACGUGGCGACUGAUAUACCAGUGUAAAUGAUACACUCAGUGGGAUGUCCACGUUAGCAUCAGGAGAGUUGCUGUGUUUCCGGGCACUGUGCUGUAAAGGACCUCCGCCACCAAGACCAGAGUAUGAUGUGGUGUGCAUUGGCCUGACAGGUGCUGGGAAGACCAGCCUGCUCUCACGCCUAUGUAGUGAGGGCAGCGACGGCAUUGUUCCUACAACAGGCUUCAGCAUCAAAGCAGUGCCAUUUCCAAAUGCCAUCUUGAAUGUAAAGGAACUUGGAGGAGCUGACAACAUCAAGAAAUACUGGAGCCGUUACUACCAGGGUUCACAGGGUGUGGUCUUCGUCUUGGACAGUGCUUCAUCGGACGAGGACCUUGAAGCAGCACGCAAUGAGCUCCACUCAGCCCUGCAGCACCCGCAACUCUGCACAUUGCCUUUCCUUAUCCUCGCAAACCACCAGGACAAGCCUGCUGCACGGACGCCAAAUCAGAUCAAGAAGUACUUUGAGCUGGAGCCGCUGGCCAGAGGGAAGCGCUGGAUCCUGGAAGGCAGCACCAUGGACAACAUGGAGGCUGUGAAGGAGAGCUUCGGUCAGUUCAUCUGCCUGUUGGAGGACAAAGACACAGAGCCUGCAAGGAUAUGAUGCUAACCCUGCUAAUCCGAACGGACAUUAGCUGCUAACGACAACAAUACACCACAUCCUGCUGGUGUCCAUGUACCCGCAUACAAACAUGCACAUACACAAACACAUGUACCCAAACAAGUACAGCAGAUGUUGGCCUCUCUCUUUGAGCUGUAUGUUGUAGUAUGUUAUCCUCCUCUCACUGCUCUCUCAAGUCUUUCAAGUCGGACGUUUUCAAGUUGUGCACAGGCGACAGUCUCACCUACAUCUUUACAGAGGAGAACCGCCAUCGAGCCCGAUCCCAUUCAACCUAAUGCAGUUUUUGUUGGAAAAAUCACUGAACUUUGUCAGAAAUGGAAAUCUUGUUUACUACUGUCUGUGCCAUUGUGAUAAAAAUGAAUGGCAGUUGGGACAUUUGGCAUUCCUUAAGUCAUCAUUUGGGGACACACACUCACUCUAUCUCUCUCUCUCUCUCUCUCUCUCUCUCUCUCUCUCACACACACACACACACACACACACACACACACACACACACACACACACUGUCACACUAAGUGGAGCCCAGGUUGUCUGUAAAUAUGUUUAACAUCUCCGCUAAUUACUUUACAGGAUGUUGGGGUUGAUGUUCUUUCCACUGAAAAGCUGAAAAGUACUGUAUGGUUGUCAAUUGUGCUCCUCCUUUUGAUGCGGUAACAAAGAAUGUCGUCGUGUGAUUGAAGUACAUAGUCCAAAGCCUUACGUGAUGUGUUAUGUACAGUAGUUACAUAUCGGUGUGGCACACCGCAUCUGAAUAUUUAGUCUGAAUAGUCUAGUCUAAAUAUCUCAUGGAGUAUCGUGUACAUGCAAACGAACAUAAUGCUGUGUACCUUACUGUAUGGCCAUACAGAAAUACUACUAAUCAGAGUGCUCGGUAACUUCAUGGAGAAAUGAGUCCACCUGGAGUAAAUGGGAACAAGUCUGAAUGCUUUUUUUAAAUGUGCAACUUAGGAUAUAUUUUAUAGCUCCGUAGUUAUCCUCUUAGAGCUACUUCAGAUUUCAAAGAAAAUAAUUUUUUAUAUAUCGUAGCAUCAGUUAUAAAUUCUUUCAAAUCAAAGACCAAAAAAAACAAUGAUUGACCUGGCUUGGUGUAGCUGCAGUUUGGGGAAAUGUGAUGGAUCCUACGUUUGUUUCAGUGUUUUGUUCAGCAUCAUGUUUGUUUAUCUGCUUUUUCUACCUUUUUUUUUUUUUUUUUUUUUUUUUUUUCUUUUUGGGGCUGCUUUUGAAUUUGACAUAAUCCUUUUCCAGCGCUGACUAGCGACUCCACAGUCUCCCAUCAGGGUGGAAUACAAACUCUAUCAAUCAGCCACAGCAACAGCUGCAUCUGACAAGUCCCUGUCCGACACCCUAAUGCCUUCCAACUGUCUGUGAAGACCCCUCCCUGUCUGCCACCUCGCUGCUGUCUAUCGUGGACCCCCACCCCACUGCAUCCCAACCCAGCCCAACCAAGGCCCCUCCACUCUUCCCCAUUGUGGUAUUUAGUCCCAACACUACCUUCGAGCCCAGCCGCCAUCAUGUGGACUUCACACCUCUGAAAUUAGUGAUAUUUGAUGUGCCACAGGUGUGUGCUUGAGUCCGAGAUCUGCUUUGGUAACAGAAGAUGUUUCCACGUCCUCCCUCUGUGCUUUGCAAUCUCUCUCUUGUGUUUUUCUUCUUUUUUAUGCGUAUUUUGUCUCUCUCUCUCUCUCUCCCCCCUUUUUUUUUUUUUUUAAAAGAUUUAAUCAUAUUUUGUACCUGACAGAAGAUCUUCCAAUAAGUUUUUUUUGUAAUGCAGAUGGAUCUAUCAGCCUGGAACUAUACCAGUGUUAGCUUUUGCAUAUCAUCAUUUAUAUGCUUACACAUUAGGUCUUUCAAACAAUCACUGUGGUCUGUUCAUUUUUAUUUUUUAUGUUAUGUUUUUUUUUGUUGUUUUUUUUUUU